AUGGCCACGAAACCUAAAAUGGCCGGCAUGCAUACUGCUGGAAUCUUCUCAGAUAUGACGGUUGAUGGCCCAGAAAUUGGUACUCUGGUUGUUAUUGUUGAUCGAGCGAAGAAUCUACCGAAUCGGAAGACAAUUGGCAAGCAGGAUCCCUAUUGUGCAGCACGACUGGGCAAGGAAGCAAAAAAAACAGAGACGGACAAGAGGGGUGGACAAACUCCUCGAUGGGAUCAAGAGCUACGAUUUACAGUGCACGAUUCGCCGGAUUAUUAUCAAUUGAAGGUCUCAGUUUUUAACGACGACAAGAGAACGGAUCUGAUAGGGGAGACUUGGAUUAACUUGCAAGACGUUAUCGUUGCAGGAGGUGGACAAAGUGAUGUGUGGCAUAAUUUAAAUUUCAAAGGAAAAUAUGCAGGAGAAAUUAGGGUCGAGAUCACAUAUUACGAUAAAAGGCCUAAACCAGAAAAAUCAGAGAGACCAGAAAGGAAAGAACUGAAACAGACCCAAUCGGUCAUUACACCAUCUACAUCUGCGCAAUCGAUAACGGACUUCGGAAGUGUGAGUGGAAGUGGGAGCACGAGAGAAGGAGUGAGUGGACCAAGACAAUUGGGAGCGAAAUCCGUGGUUAAGAGACGACCUCUGCCAUCCGAUCCCAUCACCGGAGCUCCAGCUCAACCGCCUGUCGCAGCACCUGCGCCGGCUUCGAUUCCUGUUGCGGCACCAGCGCCUGCCGAGCUUGUUCACCCUCCUUCGCGAGGUUAUCAAGCACCGUCUGCAGUUGAUCAUGUGCAAAUGACCCCUACUCGUGGAUACAGAGAACCCCCGUCCUCGAUGUCUGAUCAUGUUCAAACGCCGCCUCGCGGAUAUCAAAACCCACCAGAUCACAUCCAGACACCACCGCAAGGGUAUCAGAUGUCUUCGAAUGGUAUGCCGGAUCACGUUCCUCGAGGAUAUGCAAGUACGCAUGUUAUUCAGGAUCAACCUUCGCCCCGCGGAUAUCCAGGUCCUGCCAAUAUUUUUGAGCCUAUUCAAUCGCAGCGUGGAUAUCAUAGCCUUAUGAUGGCUCAGGAGCACACACAAAUGCCACCGCGUGGGUACCAGAACGGAUUCGCUCCAGAUCAGUCAUCUCUCCAAAGAGUAGAAUUCAAUGCACCUCAAGCCCGAUAUAACCAAUCUCAAGGAUAUGAUGUAAGUCCAGGAUCAACACCAUAUGGAGCACCUGAGGAUAUGAUAGCUGGGGCAUCACAAAGUUCACAACCAAUGCGAAAUAAUGAUAGAUAUGAAACUUACGACCCCAUGUCCCGCAACGAUUACGAACACGGUCAUGAUAUAAAUCAAUACUCAAACCAGGAAGAGGAUCCUCGCGAUAGAUACAAUGGAUCUCAUAUGAUCAAUUAUGAGUCCCAACAGCCAGGCCCAUAUGAGCUUCCGACGAGCCCUGGUCCUCCACCCCCUCCUCCACCAGCUCAUGCAAGUAAAAAUGUGAGCCCGGCACCACCCCUUGCCCAACCUAGAGCAGUUCAUGGCCGUCCCGUUAGCAGGGGAGAUUCGAAUCCUUACAAUACUCCAAUGGAUGAUAUGCACCGUCAUUCAAACCCUACAUAUACACAACCUACUCCAGCUUAUCAAGCCUACAGUCCGUCAAAGAUUGACGAUCAGCCUCGAAGGUCGGGAAAUGGACAUCCUCACCUUCCUCGACAUAACUCUUAUGAUUCGAGAGAUUUAAGAUAUAAUGCUGGUCAUGAGGACAUGCAGCCAACUGUUGAGGACGCUCCACCCAUUCCAGCACCAGGUCCAGGGCAAAACAGUUAUCAGCCAAUUAUUCCACACAGAGGCAGCGCGCCAAGUGCCAUGCAACAGCAAACUAAUGAGAUGUAUGACCAAGUACCAGCACCGUUGAAUUUAAGACAUCGACCUAGUGGAAAUAGUGUUGCAACAACUGCUCCUAGCCAUCAACCUUCGAUUAGCUCGGGUGGUUAUGCGACCUCUAGUUCUAUGUCUUCUAUUAGCCACGGCGCUUCUGUAACCUCGAGACAUUCUUAUGGACAGCUUCCGUCAUCUCGUCAAGAUAGGAGUCAUUCUCUGGGUAUGCAAAGUACUAACGGAGAUUAUGGUUUACCGGAGAUGCCACCAACUUUGGUGCCAGGAAUGGAUCCAAUCAUUGCUAAGGAAAUAUCGGAUCGAAUCUAUCAGGAGAAGCGCGCAAGUUAUAGCCAGAAUACUAGCAGCUCGCAACGGGGGAGAUAUCAAGAAAGUUCAAGGCAUCAACCACAGCAGAUUCAACAACCUAUACCUCUUCCCUACCAUGAUAAUUCUGCUGUUGUACCAUACUCGCCACAAGCAGCGUAUGAUGAUCGCCAGGGUCGAUAUACUUCUACUGCUAUGGUGCCUGUAAAGCCUAGGGGUGCCUCUCCUAAUCCUGCGAUGGAUAGACGAGGUGUAUCUCCUAAUCCCAUGGAUAGACGAGGCGUAUCUCCCAAUCCCAUGGAUAGACGAGGCGUAUCUCCUAAUCCUAUGGAUAGAAGAGGUACUUCACCCAAUCCUAUGAGUAGAAGAGGGACUUCACCCAAUCCCAUGGCUAGAAGAGGAACUUCUCCUAACCCAUCUGUCAUGCGAAAACCGGUCAGUCCUGCUCCUGAGCCUAGAAGGUUAUCCGGUAUUGCAUUCGGACCGGAUUCAUAUGAUGUUUUCAACCCAAGUCUAGCAGGAUCGAAAUCUGCGACAUCUCUAAGCGCUGCUUAUGAUUCCAAAGACGACCCGGACGCCAAAAUCAUUACUUAUGAUGGUAGAGAAAUUGAUCCGAGUGAUCAUAUUCCCGAAUCCAAUUACGCACCACUUCUGGAACAGAAAGGACCUAAAUACGCAUCCCAAGUGCCAGAUCGCAAUUAUCGAGCUCAGCCAGCAGCACAGCCAAUGCCAUCAACUGGUCGCAAGCAAUUACGUCAAGCGGGGAGACCUCAGUCAAUGGUCGUUUCUUCCCCAAUUUAUUUCAGCGGUGGUACACCUGAUCACCCUCCAGCUACGGCUCAUAGAAAACUUCAAAAGAAAGCUAACCGCAUGUCCGCACAACCGGCAUAUCAUUCAUCCCCAAAUGUACCAAUCUACAAAGAUCAAAAUUACGCAUCUAGUAGAACAUCAAUGCAUAGACCUUCCACGGCAGAAUAUGCUAAUGAAAAUUAUUCGCCAAAUGGUUAUCAAUAUGGAAUUAAUCCUAGUAAUGGAGGAUUUGGAAACGGAUAUAGAGGCUCGGGUUUACCGGUUGUACCGGCGAAAAUUCCAAUGGCGUUACCGGCCCCGGUCAGUAGUGGUACAGGAAGAGGUGGAGCUGGAGAUGCGUGGGCGCUGUUGGAGGAAAUGAAGAAUAUUGAUUUGGGAGCCCCAAGUUCGAGAAGGAGAAGGUAUUGA